AUGACAUGGGGCAGGCAAGCUUCUGGUGGUGACAGCAGCAGCGUGCAGAAUCGACUCGUGAACGUGAAGCAUGUCCAGGCUACUCGCAAUGCUUUUGCUGCCAUUCUGGCUGACGGAUCUGUUGUAACCUGGGGAAAUGCGGCCUAUGGCGGGGACAGCAGCGCCGUUCAGGAGCGGCUAAGAGAUGUGCAGCAGAUCCAGGCAACCGGAUAUGCUUUCGUUGCCAUCCUAGGCGAUGGAUCGGUGGUAACAUGGGGACGGUCUCAGUAUGGCGGUGACAGCGGCGCAGUUCAGGAGCAACUUAGCAAUGUGCAGCAAGUUAAGGCUUCUUGCCACGCCUUUGCCGCCCUCUUGGAAGAUGGUUCCGUGGUGACCUGGGGCGCGCCUGCUCUAGGAGGAGACUGUAGAUGUGUCAAGGGGCGACUCCAAAAGGUGCAGCAGAUUCAAGCUAAUGACGACGCGUUUGCUGCGGUCUUGCAUGAUGGAUCUGCAGUGGCAUGGGGAGAUUCCGAUUUUGGUGGUGACUGCAGUGACGUCCAGGAGAAACUGAAGAAUGUACAGCAGGUCCAGGCGUCGUCUUCAGCAUUUGCUGCCAUCCUUGGCGAUGGAUCCGUCGUAACCUGGGGCGGCGGCGCAGGGGGCGACUGCACCUCCGUGCAGGAACAACUCAGACAUGUGCAACAGGUCCAGGCUACCUACUACGCUUUUGCCGCCAUUCUCCAGGAUGGAUCCGUUGUAAGCUGGGGUGAUCCCUUAUAUGGGGGUGACAGCAGUGCAGUUCGGGGACAACUCUGCAACGUGACUCGCAUCCAGGCCGGCAACCUUGCAUUUGCGGCCGUCCUGGAUGAUGGGUCUGUGGUGACCUGGGGCCAUGCGGCUUUUGGAGGCGAUAGCAGCGCUAUCCAGGAGCAGGUCAAAAUUU